GUGGCAUUCUUUAAACUUGAAGGCCAGACUACGAUACAGAGUUGAUUAGUAACCAAGGACACCUGUUACACUGCGCAUUAGGUGGAGCCUGUGUUGCCAUCUGCCUGUAAGACCCUUCCAGCCCUAGGGUUUUGAAGAGAACUGUGCAGUUUUACUGACUUCUCGAUACAGAACUUCAGUCAUGAAGGUGACAGUAAUCUUUCUUCUUGGUGCCUUGGCCCUGUUGAGUUUGUCUGGUAACACCAGAGCUGAUUCCCUGGGAAGAAUGGCUAAUUGUAACAAUGAAGUUACUGGAUGCCCUAGAAAUUAUGAUCCUGUCUGUGGGACUGAUGGAAACACGUAUUCCAAUGAAUGCAUACUAUGUACUGAAAAUCAGAAGCGCCAGAUACCUGUCCUCAUUAGAAAAUCUGGGCCUUGCUGAACGAAAGUUCUGAAAUCCCCAAAGGUCACCAGAGUGCCUGGGUGGCCUGAUUAUUGAAUAAAUGCAUGCAUCUGAAUA